AUGACGUAUGUUCCGGUUAAAAGUAUGGUUGGUUCCGGGUUAAGAGUAAAGUUAAUUCCGGGUAGGUUACGGGUUAAGGAUAAAAGUGGGUUCUGGGUUAAAGGUAAAAGUUGGUUCCGGGUUAAGGAUAAAAGUGGGUUCCGGGUUAAGGAUAAAAGUGGGUUCGGGGUUAAGGAUAAAAGUGGGUUCGGGGUUAAGGAUAAAAGUGGGUUCGGGGUUAAGGAUAAAAGUGGGUUCGGGGUUAAGGAUAAAAGUGGGUUCGGGGUUAAGGAUAAAAGUGGGUUCGGAGUUAAGGAUAAAAGUGGGUUCCGAGUUAAGGAUAAAAGUGGGUUCUGGGUUAAGGUGAAUGUAAGAUCAGGGUUUGGAGUUAUGGUGAUAGUAGGAUCGAAGUUUAGGGUUAUCGUGAUAGUAGGAUCAAGGUUUAGGGUUAUGGUGAUAGCAGGAUCAGGGUUUAUGGUUAUGGUGAAUGUAGGAUCAGGGUUUAGGAUUAUGGUGAUAGUAGGAUCAAGGUUUAGGUUUAAGUUGAAAGUAGGAUCAGGAUUUAAGUUUAAUGUUUGUAAAGUAUAG